CCGAAUAAGUAUGUCCUGGCUUCACAUUAAUCACAGGCAAACUAAACCUGAAUAAACCACUUUAUUUGCAACAGACUAACAUACUACCGGAUAAGACUAGCUAACGAAAUACAGUCUAACUACACUUUUCAGGUUUAAUAUUCAUCCGCGUUCACGACAAACAACAAUUUCCUCUUCCGCGGAUAUAAUAGUCCAUAGUUUACUGUAUAAAUAAACAUCCAAUUUAAAAUAAGGACUGUACGCUUACUGCUUACGUAUUAUGUACGACACAAUCCAAUGUCAGUUGUGCAAUUAUUCAGUCUAGUAUUUUUAAAAAGUUACAUUUCCCGAAAACGACAUAAAUAAGAUCCGGUCGGCGUCCUGAAGUAGCAAGAAGAAGUUGAUGGCGUCCGGCUAGAAUGCCGGAGCAUUUAUCGGUUUCGUUUUUACUUGGUUUCUGACCUGUAGAUUAAAGUGGAAACAAUCCAGCACAUAAAUUGCGGUGGGUUCCCUGUGCGUGUUCCAGGGCGCGAUGGACUCUGAGGAGAACGCGGUGGAAAGCAGCAGCGAUGCGGGCCCCUCGGGUCUGGAGGAGCCCUCUGAGAGCGGGAUGGGCAUGGAGACGUCGGAGGCCAUGUCGGCCGACAGCAGCGACACGGCGGCCGUACACGCCCUCACACCCGAGUCCGACUCCCACGUGGGGCAGAGCUCAGAGGGGCUUGUGGAGCUGAUUCCAGAGACCAGCUCUAGCACAGAUGUCAGAGGGAUGAUCCACCUCCCGGACUCCUCCUCCGUCGCCCAGUCGACCAGUGUGUCGAGCGUUUCCACGGUGACGCAGUCCAUCCUGGUGUCGGAGUCCGCUCAGGUGUUGGUCCACUCCAGUGUGGUGUCGGACGGGGGGAUGAUCGUGUCAGACUCCACCGCAUCCACGUCCUCAGACCUGGGCUCGGCCAUCGAUAAGAUCAUCGAGUCUACCAUUGGGCCUGACAUCAUGAAUGGCUGUAUCGCGGUGACCAGCGCUGAGGACGGAGGAGCGGAGACCACCCAGUACCUGAUCCUGCAGGGCCCUGAUGACGGUGCCCCCAUGGUGUCCCAGAUGUCCUCCUCUGCCCUGUCCAGCCGCAUCACGAUUGAGGCCCUGGGGGAGGGCCCCACGUCCACCUGCCUGGAGCAGUCCGAGCUAGGGGGGCGUCGGCGGGGGAGCCUGCCCGACCUCGAGGCCAUGGACCCCGACCAGCCGGACCAGCCGGGGCACUCUGGGUACGUGGCGUGCAGCGCCGACAACUCGGGCCAGCACCACACGCACGGCUACGGCGACUGCGCCGGGGGCGACGACUCCAACCAAUCGCAGCACUCCCAGUACGCCGAGUGCAGCGCCGGCCACUCCCACUACCUGGACCUGGUGCGCCAGGACGACCCCGGCGACUCCCGCUACAUCGACUGCAGCGCCGACAACUCGGACCGGGCCCAGCGGUACGGGGCGUGCGUGACUGGGGCGGCGGACCAGCCCCAGUGCUCCCGCUACGCGGACUGCGGCGCGGACGCUCCCGACCAGACCCAGAACUCGCAGGACCGCGACGAGGCCUGCUGCUACAUGGACUGCGGCGUGCCCCAGGGCUCCAUCUACGGGGCGGGCCGGUCCCUGGACUGCCCCGACCAGCCCCAGCACUCCCACUACGCCGACUACGGGCCGGACCAGCAGGGCCAGUACAUCGGCAGCACCGGGGAGUACGCCCCGCCCCCCGGGAGGGAGGCCGUGCCCAACCGGGACCCCCAGGGCGGGCCGGGGGCCGAGGGGCCCUCGGAGGGCACCGGGCUGGCCGAGGCCCAGGGUAGCAACGAGGCGGAGGGGUCCGGACUGCCCGGGCCAAUCCGGGACAGGCCCCCUAAUCUGGAGGAGCUGGAGGAGAUGAUGGAGGUGGUGGUAGUGCAGCAGUUCAAGUGCAAGAUGUGCCCCUACAAGAGCAUCUCCAAAGACACCCUGAUCAACCACAUGAGAGACAAACACUUCAGGCACACAGGUGCCCCGCCUCCGAAGAAAAGGGGGCGGGGGCGGCCGAGGCGGAGCGAAUCGGCCGCCGCCCAGAAGGCUGAGGUGAAGACGGAGGAGCCCGCUGAGGAGGAAGAGGAUGACAUCAUGGACGCCGGUGCCAUUGAUGAUCCAGCAGACGACAGCGACUACAACCCGGCCGAUGAAGACUGCAGGGGUCGCCCCCCCGCCCUCCUGCGCAGCGUGCCCGCGUCCUCGUCCGGCACGGUGGAGCGCCCCCGGCGCAGGGUGGUGCGCCCCAGGAAGUUCCCCUACGCCGCGGGGGGGCGCGGCCACGCCCGAGGAAUGGCUGCAGUGACCAUGGAGGCGUCCGUGGGGAAUAAGAGUUUGGACGCUCAGGUCCCGGAGGAGGCCAGCUCUUCUGGAUUGGACAACGGGCCUGCGUCUUCCGCUAAUGAAAACGGAGCUGAGCCAGGUGUCAGCCAAUCGGAUUCGGAGAACAAAGACCCUUCCUCAAACACGGGACCCGAGGAGGUCGAGUUUUACCCCAGGAAACGGGGACGGCCGUCCAAGCGCUUUCUCCGCAAGAAGUACAAGAAGUAUAUGAACCGCAACAGGUACUACAAGUCCCUGAAGCCCCUGCUGAGGCCGCAUAACUGCCGGAUAUGCGGCUCCCGCUUCCUCUCCCAGGAGGACCUCCGCUUCCACGUGGACUCGCACGAGGGCAACGACCCCGAGAGGUUCAAGUGCCUGCAGUGCAGCUACCGCUGCAAGCGCUGGUCCUCGCUCAAGGAGCACAUGUUCAACCACGAGGGAACCAAGCCCUACAAGUGCGAGGAGUGUGACUACUCCAGCGUGUACAGGAAGGAUGUCAUACGCCACUCCGCCGUGCACAACAAAGACAAAAAAAAGAAAACAGACAUGGUUAUUCCGGAUGUCUCGCAGGUCCCCAGGAACACGCAGUUCCCGUGCCCCGUGUGCAGCAGGGUCUACCCCAUGCAGAAGCGCCUCACGCAGCACAUGAAGACGCACAGCACCGAGAAGCCGCACAUGUGCGACAAGUGUGGAAAAUCUUUCAAGAAACGCUACACUUUCAAGAUGCAUCUUCUUACUCACAUCCAGACCUACGGAAACAGGUUCAAGUGUGAGUUCUGCGAGUACACCUGUGACAACAAGAAGCUCCUGCUCAACCACCAGCUCUCGCACACCACCGACAAGCCCUUCAAGUGCGACUACUGCAAGUAUUCCACCACCAAGGAGGACUUCCUGGUGUCCCACAUGGCCAUCAAGCACACUGGAGAGAAGCCGUUCUCGUGCGACUUCUGCCACUUCAUGACCAAGCACAAGAAGAACCUGCGUCUGCACGUGCAGUGCCGGCACCCCGAGGCUUUCGACGACUGGUGCCGCACGCACCCCGAGGAGCCGCCCAGACGCCGGCGGCCCUUCUUCACCCUCCAGCAGAUCGAGGAGCUGAAGCAGCAGCACGACCACACCCAGGGCCUGCAGGACACGCUGCGAGGGCCAAUCGUGUCUGUGGACUCCAUCGAGCUCCAGGCGAUCCAGACCAUAGAGAAUCAAACCGUUUCCCCGGACUCACUGGAGAAUGCCACGAUUAUUUAUGAACAUGAAGCCUCGGACCUGUCGGCUCAGAACGCCCUGGACCUGCUGCUGAACAUGAGCAACCCGCGAGAGCUGGUGGGGAGCUCCCUGCAGGUGGCCGUGCUGAAAUCGGAGGGGGAGGCUCUGGAGGGGGCCAUGGGGGAGGCGGGCGUGGCGGGGAAGCCCCAGAAAGUGGUGGCCUUCCACGUGGCGGAGCACGGGGAGGCGCUGGUGAGGGAGGCCUUCGAGGCCGGGGCCGUGGAGGCGGGGCCAGACAUCAGCCAGAUCGCCAUCAGCGCCUACCAGGGCGGCGGCGACUUCAGCGUGGUGGAGCAGGUCGGAGAGGAGAUCCACAGCACCGCCACCGUCUACAGUGCGGAGGGAGGCGGCGGGGACCCCCAGGCCGUGGUGGUGAGCAGCGGCUCUCUCUCCGGGACCCUGAAAGAGCACAAGGGCAAAUACUACCUGACCUCCGGGAUCGGAGGAGGGACGGUGCAGCAGGUGGAGCUAAGCAGCGAGGAUCCUGGGUCCCCCUCCCCCACCACCUCUCCCCAGCAGCAGCUCAACUCCAAGAGGUUCUCCUGCAGGAUCUGCAUGGAGUCCUUCCACGGCCGCUCUGACAUGGAGAGCCACAAGAGGGCGCACUUGGACCCCAACACCUUCAAGUGCCCUGAUUGUCCGUUCAUCGCUCCCUCCUGGCCAGAUGUCAAGACUCACAUGGCCAUGCACGCCUACCUCCGGCCCCACAAGUGCGGCCACUGCAGCUUCGCCUCCAAGAACAAGAAGGACCUCCGGCGUCACAUGCUCACCCACACCAACGAGAAGCCCUUCGCCUGCGACGUCUGCGGCCAGAGGUUUAACCGUAACGGCCACCUGAAGUUCCACAUGGAGAGGCUGCACAGCCAGGACCCGCCCACACGCAAGCCCCGCCUGGCCCUGCCCCAGCAGGCCAUCAUCGUCAACAGCGACGAGGAGGCGCUGGCCACCCUGCAGACAGCUCUGCAGGCGGGGCAGACGGUCAUCACCCCCGAGCGGCUCCAGCAGGCCCUGGGCCAGGAGCACAUCAUCGUAGCCCAGGAGCAGACCCUCUCUGACCAGGAGGAGGCCACGUACAUCCAGCAGAUAACCACCGUGGACGGGCAGACGGUCCAGCACCUGGUCACUGCUGAGAACCAGGUGACGGAGGUUCAGUACAUAAUCUCCCAAGAUGGCGUACAGCACCUCAUCCCGCAAGAGUACGUGGUGGUGUCUGAGGGUAAUCACAUUCAGAUGCAGGAUGGACAGAUAGCUCACAUUCAGUAUGACCAGGACGGGGCUUUCCUGCAGGAGCAGCAGAUUGCACUGAGCCACGACGGGCAGAUCCAGUACGUUCCCAUCAGCUCCGAGCAGCAGAUCGUCAGCCAGGAGGACCUGGAGGCAGUUGCACACUCUGCAGUGACAGCGGUGGCGGACGCAGCCAUGGCCCAGGCCCAGACGGUCUACGCCACUGAGGCCACGCCCGAACAGCUGGAGCAGAUGCAGCAGCAGGGCAUCCAGUACGACGUCAUCACCUUCACAGAGGAGUAAUGGCGACGGCUCAACACAGCACAGCUUGCUCCCUUCCUUUCCAAUGAGAGCUCCCAGCGGUACGCCAACAAGCAAAGGGGACGACCUGUGCACUAUACUCUACAUUCUUAAAUUUGUUCCCUAAACUCAAAUUUACGCUUAUCGCAUUUGCUUUUUGUGCUUGUAAUUUAGAUUACAGUGGCUUGCCUUCAAUGUUUUGGUGCAGGAGCCAUACUGGUUGCUACACUUUAAUUCAGGUGGCUCUUCUGAGAAUUAUUCCAUCAGGCGAAUUUCCGUUGCAAAAUAUUUUAAAUAUUUUGCAUAUUAACGGCCGCAACAGACAAGAUGUAGCAAGGCAUCAGAUUGGCUGAGGCGUCAUUGUAAGCGACAGUGUACAACAGUGCAGGUCCCUCUACCUGGCUUGCUGUUAAAUGAUGUCACGGACUUGCAAGGCACCCAUGUUUUCUGACAUGGCAGUGAUGUCAUAUUUUCUGUUUAUUAUUUGUGUGCUUAGAUGUUGCCACCAAUGCAUCUGAAUCGAAGUGCAAUAAGGCCUCAAAGCCAUCAUAAGGCCAAGUCACAGAUUGCUACAGGUUUUGUUCUGUUGUGCUGUUUUUAGGCACACAGUGGUGUAAGGAACGUACAUCUCAACGCACCGUGGAACGGGUUGGAGGGUUUUUUUGUGCUGCAUUCGUUUUAUUUUCGUUUUUUUUCUUUUGUUAUUGUGAGCUGUUGCGGUAGUGGAACAGAGUCAACUAAAAGCUAAUACCAAAGACUUUAUCUACUUAUUGCACAUCGGCAGCAGCUGCGUGUACCUCUCAAAAGAAACCGAAGCUCAAACAGUCAGUAGCAGUUUAAUAUCAUUCUAAUUCCUGUGUGAUUUCAUCACUUUGAUUCUCAUUCAGAGGCAUGGCAAGAUGCUGUAAUGCUGAAAGGAUACAGAACCGAAGAUAAACUCAAGCAAAAACUUAAAACAAAAUUAAGUAGUUUUAUUUAUGUGGAGUAACAGCCCCCUAAAAAUGCUAAAUAUUACAUAACUCAUUUUGUCAAGUUGCCACAUGAAGAAAAUGUACCUUUCACACACACAGUACCAGUAAUAUCUCCACAUCAGGGGUUAUCAACCCUGGUCCUUGAGGGCCACAGACAUAGCUGGUUUUCAUUUUUAAUUAGCACUUAAAUGUAGAACGUGCUUUAAUUGAUAAAUUAACUCGCCUAAGGCCUAGUUUUUUGGGUCCAAAUUUAUUUGCAGAUUUUAAGAGGAAAGCCAAAAACCAUCGGAGUUGAGAACCCCUGAUCUAUAGGAAUCCAAAUUCUGAUGUGGGCGUGAGUUUCCUGUGGUUUCAGGAUGUGUGCCUAUGAUCAAUCACUUGUAAGCAAAGUGCAUUAGAUAUUUUGAAAUCUUAAUGCUUUACGCGUUGCACAUUAAGGAUGAAGUGAUAGUUUUGUGUUAAGAUCAAUGUCUUGCCCAUCCACGGAGUGUAGAAAAUUGUUUAAUGCGUUAAAGGUGCUUUGUAAGAUGAUACAAUAUUUUCGGAAUAAUCAAAUAAAUUGCACUUCCUGCAAGGCUGUGGAAAACGUAUAUUAAGGAACAGUGUUGUGUGUUGGGAAUCAAAUGGAGACCAUUUUGUUUGUGGAAAGAGACAAUCUUAUAUAUAACGAUUUGUGUUUUUGCCAUCGGUAUGACAUGUGAAGACGUUUGCUUUUCAUUUACUCAUUUUCAAGAACAUACUGGAGACGUACUUUCCGAGGGUCAGUAGAACAUGGCUGGAUAUAGCAGGAAAACACCUCUGAUAUGUAAAUUAUGUAUAUUGUAAAUUAAAAUGCUAAUCCUUUGAUUUAACUGUAGUGGGUAGAACUGUGUAUACAGUGUCAUUUUUCUUCUUAUUUCUGUGAAUAUAAUUUUUCAAAACUCUUGAGAGACUAUGCUGGACUACUGGUAUGUGCUACACCUGUUGUUGCAGAGACUAGAAAUAAAAUGUACAACUUGA